AGACAAAAAUCGUGACAACGACAAACAUCACGCUUGGAUCACUCAUCCUAAUCGCGUGCGCUCGGCUAAAAUUCGCGCUGCUAGAUUGGGGUUGGCUGGAAACUUGAAAGAACUCCCCAAUCUUCUCUUCGGCGAAGCCCGCUGGCCGAGUCGGUAGAGUUGAAUUUGGACAGUGUCUUUGCCCAAUUUGUUUUCUUUAACCUCCCUUCCUCUUUUCUCGGUGGAUGGAAGAAUCCAUCGCCUCCAUCGCCACCGCCACAGCCAGGAAGAACAGCAGCAAGCAAGAACACGAGAGCUUCGACACGAUCUUCCUCUCCUGGCCAGAUGAUCGAUAAUUCGCGAUGGCAAACUGGGGGCUGGAGCUGAUUGCCGGCAUCGCGCUCGUCGUCGCGUGCUUGCUCCUACUCCUCGUCAUCAGGAUCUGCGUGGCUCGGAAAAACCGCGGCCGGGACGAUGAUCAGCAGCGGCGGCACCGGCAGAGUCCAAAUCCUCCAUACCUGCGGCACGAUCAGGGUAACAGCAGCAGCGGUGUCAACGGCAGAGCGCGGAAUCAGAGCUGGAACUCGAUCAAGAUCGCUGGAUUCAACUGGAAAGACUACCCGGCGCUCAUGUCCGAGGCGCUCGAGAAUGGAUGGGCGGCAUUUGCCCUCUCCCAGGUGGAUCAUGGGAUGGAUCAUCGUCCCCAUCAUCGGAAGCAGGGAUUUCACGCGGAGACAAGGUGGGAGGUCGGGCCAGGGACCGAGCUGAUGCAAAUUCUUCGAUCCAAUCCGGGGAUUCCCAUCGCGGAGAUUUCAUCCACCGGGAGCGCGCAGUUCUUCAAAUCUGCGCUGCCGCUCCCUGGCCCCUUCCUGGGAAUCUACUCCUACCCGCAAGAAUCCUACUUCGAGAUCACAGUUCUUGGAGCGAAAGACCAUGAUCUUGACAAGAAUGCGAGGCAAAAUUCUGGGGAUUCCACCGCCGAAAUCGAGCAGAUUGUAGCGAUCGGACUCGUCAGAGGCUCUUCUUUUGGCGAUCGCGGAUCGAUCGGCUACUACUCCAAUGGUCAGAUCCUUCUAAACGGAGCUCUCUACACAGACGAGAGGUUCAAGCGAAAGCCAUGGAUUCCAGCUCGCGGCGACACGACGGUGGGCUGUGGAUUCAACCCCGCCGCGCGAAUUGUGUUCUUCACGCUCAAUGGCGAGAUGACCUGCCAGGCCGACUGCUCCAGGGCGGAGGAAUUCGGCAGCCCUCUUCACGCGGCGUUCCUCUGUAACUUUGACGCCACGGCGAUCGUAAAUCUCGGCCAGAGCGCCUUCGAAUUCCUGCCCGAGAACGCAAGGAGGACUGCGGAUCCUGGAAAUCACAGGCCCUACCCCGAUCGAGGCGCCAAUCGAAUGGCGAUCCAGUACGACAGUGGCGAAUUGUUUAGCCAGCGCUUGGAGGGAUCAAUCGCGUCGCCGGCGCUGUCGCAAGACCUUCGCAGGCCCACUCCCUCCGAGGCCGAGUCGGAGCUCUUCGAGAUUGUGAUUGACGCCGAGGGCAACGAGAGAUUCGUCCAUAGGUGAUCACAUAGAAAAUUCUCCGGGAAUCCGAAUAUUCACAACGCGCCAUAGCGCGGAUCUUUGACCGUC